UGAGGGGGUAACUCAUGCUCUGAGAGUGAGGAGAGAAGGCACUCAAGGAAAACGGACGGAUUUUUCAGCAGGAGCAAUGGUGUCGCCGCGUUGCGGAUUGCAGUUCAAACGAGCCACGAACGAGAACGGGCCGGGCUUAAAACGUUCUUACGCCAUACCAGAAAUCCAUUUUUUGUGGUGAACAAGGAGACAGCCAGUGGACAAAGAGAGAAGAGGAAGAAGCCUAGCGAGUUGAACUGUUCCAAAGUUGAAAAGUGGUUUUUCUUUCUGAAACGGAGGAAAACAGGAGCUGAGCCAUUUUCCUGCCUUUUCCGGGAGGACAGAAAAUAUUAGUUCCGAUUUUCCACGGUGAAAAAAGUGUGUGUGUGCGCGAUUGAGGAGUUUCAAGAGGUGGAAACAGAACCGUGGUGGUUAGGAAGAAGAAGAAAUCGAGUGUGUGUGAAGGAAGAACAGGCACCAACCUUGAUCAAUCGUCGAGAAAAUUGACUCGGAUAUCCUGCUACUUAUAUAGUAUUCUCCAUUAAUAGAACGCCUUUGUAGAUAUUUGAAGCUUAUUUAAGAGAGAUAAAAAAAGAAAAUAGCCAUAUUUCGCAAUGUGUUUAGAAGUUCCCUAGAAGAGCAGUGGUGCAGAGUGUGCCGAAUUGUGAAAAGGAGAUCACUAUUGGAAAAUCGAUUUCGGAAACACACACAGCAGUGCUGAUCGCGAGAAAGUGCGUCGCCUUCAUGUGAAGAAGACGAAAUAGAAGGAAGGAAAGCAGUGAAGAAAGAAGCAAACCGCCAAGCGAAGGAAAAUUUGUCCAUUUUUUCCCACAAGAGUGUUCGUCGUUGCUUUUUUCCGAAAAAGUGUAGAAAUUUGCUUCUAGUGAGAAAGUGAAUAGUUCUGGUUACACUGCGUGUGUGUGUUGACCCGCCCCUAUAUUGAAAACCUUCACCCAAUAGCGAGAAGAAAAAGAACAGACCUCGGGUCCAGUUUUUCAUCAUUUUUCAUCGAAGUUCGAGCAGCAAAGUCCAACAACGAUUCAUCAUCACCAUAGUGGAUAGGCGAAGAUAGAUGCGUCAUUUUCGACAUGGCGCCGUGUAUAUUACUGUGAUCUGUGGCACGAGAUUCAUGAGCCCCAUACCAUCGUUGACGUUGACCACCACAAGAUGAGUGGAAUCCGUCGCGGGGCAGAAUCUCGUAACAAGUCAUUACCGCUGUAGAAUUUUUGUGAUGAAUUCAGUUUGAACAUGGUUCGUAAAAAAUCAGACCGUUUGAAAACUGAUUGAUUUUUGAUUUUCCGGAGUGCAUUUGUACAUAGUUUAGUAGCAACAUUUACCGAAAAGCUGCGGAAGAAGAGCAGAAGCUAGUGAGUGAGUGAAUAUUUACACACACGUGUACGCAGCUGAAGCUGGAGAAAAGUUAAGUCAGUCAAAACGUGAGAGAUUGAGAGAGCGAGAGCAAGUUAGGGACAGCCGAGUGUGAAAUUCCCCGUCCUGCACGAGUUCGCGAGUGCACCGUGCCGUCGUCGCCGCCCCCGACGUUCGAUGUUCGAUUCCGAUUCCGGCUUGGAUAUCAAACACGGGCGGUCAUGAAAAAUUUUGCUUUAGAACGGAUUGUGUUGAGCUUCAGCUGCGACAGUGUUGCCGCCGCGACCGAAUUCGCUGCGUCUGUGAACUUUGUUUGCGUCACAGGACGGCCCACCGUCCAAACCAGUUCCUGGGGCCCGAGUCAAUACCUGGCCGCACCUAGUGCGUGCCCACAUCGUGCCCCCUUAACACAUCAUUGUUAGCAGGCCUUGGAAAUCUGAGGCUCUCAUUGUUGGCCAUAUAGACAAUGACCGAAGACUCCGAUUCGAUAUCUGAGGAAGAACGUAGUUUGUUCCGUCCUUUCACCCGUGAAUCAUUAGCAGCAAUCGAGAGACGCAUCGCCGAUGCCGAAGCAAAACAGCGCGAAUUGGAAAAGAAGCGAGCCGAGGGGGAGACUGGUUUUGGUCGGAAGAAAAAGAAAAAAGAAAUACGCUACGACGAUGAAGAUGAGGAUGAAGGUCCACAGCCGGACUCCACACUCGAGCAGGGAGUGCCAAUCCCGGUUCGAAUGCAGGGCAGCUUCCCUCCGGAAUUGGCCUCCACGCCUCUCGAGGAUAUCGACAGCUAUUACGCGAAUCAGAGGACAUUCGUAGUAGUUAGUAAAGGAAAAGAUAUUUUUCGUUUCUCCGCAACCAAUGCAUUAUAUGUACUCGAUCCGUUCAAUCCUAUACGUCGCGUAGCUAUUUAUAUUUUAGUACAUCCACUGUUUUCAUUUUUUAUAAUAACAACCAUUCUUACCAAUUGUAUAUUGAUGAUCAUGCCUAGCACGCCGACCGUCGAAUCUACCGAGGUGAUAUUCACCGGCAUCUACACGUUCGAAUCAGCUGUAAAAGUGAUGGCGCGAGGUUUCAUAUUACAACCGUUUACUUAUCUUAGAGAUGCAUGGAAUUGGUUGGACUUCGUAGUAAUAGCAUUAGCAUAUGUAACUAUGGGUAUAGAUUUGGGUAAUCUCGCUGCAUUGAGAACAUUCAGGGUACUACGAGCUCUCAAAACAGUGGCCAUCGUUCCAGGUCUCAAGACCAUCGUCGGCGCUGUCAUAGAGUCCGUUAAGAAUCUCAGAGAUGUGAUAAUUUUAACAAUGUUUUCGUUAUCGGUGUUUGCUUUAAUGGGGCUGCAGAUCUACAUGGGCGUGCUGACGCAGAAGUGCAUCAAGGAGUUCCCGCUGGACGGUUCGUGGGGCAACCUGUCGGACGAAAACUGGGAACGGUUCAACAAUAACGACUCCAAUUGGUUCUUCUCGGAAACUGGAGACACGCCUCUUUGUGGGAACUCGUCGGGUGCUGGCCAAUGCGAGGAAGGAUAUAUUUGUUUACAAGGUUAUGGAGAUAAUCCAAAUUACGGGUAUACAAGUUUCGAUACUUUCGGAUGGGCAUUCUUAUCUGCCUUUCGUCUAAUGACCCAAGAUUAUUGGGAGAAUCUAUAUCAACUGGUGUUACGAUCAGCUGGACCGUGGCACAUGCUCUUCUUCAUUGUGAUUAUCUUCUUGGGUUCGUUCUACCUUGUAAAUUUGAUCUUGGCCAUUGUCGCCAUGUCGUACGACGAACUCCAGAAGAAGGCCGAAGAGGAAGAGGCCGCCGAGGAAGAAGCGCUUCGGGAAGCCGAGGAAGCAGCCGCAGCGAAAGCGGCCAAACUCGAGGCCCAGGCAGCGGCGGCGGCGGCCGCGGCCAACCCGGAGAUCGCCAAGAGCCCGUCGGACUUUUCCUGCCACAGCUACGAGCUGUUCGUGAACCAGGAGAAGGGCAACGACGACAACAACAAGGAGAAGAUGUCGAUCCGGAGCGAAGGACUGGAGUCGGUGAGCGAAAUCACAAGAACAACCGCACCAACAGCUACUGCAGCUGGCACUGCAAAAGCCCGUAAAGUGAGCGCGGCUUCACUUUCAUUACCUGGUUCACCAUUUAAUCUUCGUAGAGGAUCUAGAGGAUCACAUCAGUUUACGAUACGUAACGGUAGAGGACGUUUCGUGGGCGUACCUGGUAGCGAUAGAAAACCAUUGGUACUCUCAACAUAUCUCGAUGCACAAGAACAUUUGCCAUACGCCGAUGACUCGAACGCGGUCACACCGAUGUCGGAGGAAAAUGGUGCAAUCAUCGUUCCAGUAUACUAUGCUAAUUUAGGUUCGCGACACUCAUCGUACACAUCGCAUCAAUCGCGCAUCUCGUACACAUCGCACGGCGACCUGCUCGGCGGCAUGACGAAGGAGAGCCGACUGCGGAACCGGUCGGCGCGGAACACCAACCACUCGAUCGUGCCGCCGCCGAACAUGUCCGGGCCGAACAUGUCCUACGUGGACACCAACCACAAGGGGCAGCGAGACUUUGAUAUGUCACAAGACUGUACAGACGAAGCUGGAAAAAUAAAACACAACGACAAUCCUUUCAUCGAGCCCUCUCAAACACAAACCGUAGUAGAUAUGAAAGACGUGAUGGUGUUAAACGAUAUCAUCGAGCAAGCUGCUGGUCGGCAUAGUAGAGCUAGUGAUCAUGGAGUCUCUGUUUACUACUUCCCCACAGAGGACGACGACGAGGACGGUCCAACGUUCAAGGACAAGGCCCUGGAGUUCGCGAUGCGGAUGAUCGACAUCUUCUGCGUGUGGGACUGCUGCUGGGUGUGGCUCAAGUUCCAGGAGUGGGUUUCAUUCAUCGUUUUCGACCCGUUCGUCGAGCUGUUCAUCACCCUGUGCAUCGUGGUCAACACGCUGUUCAUGGCCCUGGAUCACCACGAUAUGGACCCGGACAUGGAGCGGGCCCUCAAGAGUGGUAACUAUUUUUUCACGGCGACCUUCGCGAUCGAAGCAACGAUGAAGCUGAUAGCGAUGAGUCCCAAGUACUACUUCCAAGAGGGCUGGAACAUUUUCGAUUUCAUCAUCGUGGCCCUGUCGCUGCUGGAGUUGGGCCUAGAAGGUGUUCAGGGAUUGUCAGUAUUACGUUCAUUCCGUUUGCUGAGAGUGUUCAAGCUGGCAAAGUCGUGGCCAACGCUGAACUUGCUGAUCUCGAUCAUGGGCCGCACGGUGGGCGCUCUCGGUAAUCUGACCUUCGUCCUGUGUAUCAUCAUCUUCAUCUUCGCCGUGAUGGGAAUGCAACUGUUCGGCAAGAAUUACACAGACAAUGUGGAUCGCUUCCCGGACAAGGACCUGCCACGGUGGAACUUCACCGACUUCAUGCACUCGUUCAUGAUCGUGUUCCGAGUGCUGUGCGGCGAGUGGAUCGAAUCCAUGUGGGACUGCAUGCUGGUCGGCGACGUGUCCUGUAUUCCGUUCUUUUUGGCCACCGUAGUGAUAGGAAAUCUAGUAGUACUUAACCUUUUCUUAGCCUUGCUUUUGUCCAAUUUCGGUUCAUCGUCGCUGUCGGCACCGACGGCCGACAACGAAACGAACAAGAUCGCGGAGGCGUUCAACCGGAUAUCGCGCUUCUCCAACUGGAUCAAGUCCAACAUCGCCAACGCGCUCAAGUUCGUGAAAAACAAGUUAACAAGCCAGAUUGCGUCCGUGCAGCCCGCAGGUGAGCAGCACAAUCAUCUCAGUUGGAUAUGGAACGAAGGCAAAGGGGUAUGUCCAUGUAUCUCUGCAGAGCAUGGUGAAAAUGAGCUGGAAUUAACUCCAGAUGACAUACUGGCCGACGGGCUGCUCAAGAAAGGCGUCAAGGAGCACAACCAGCUGGAGGUGGCCAUCGGCGACGGGAUGGAGUUCACGAUACACGGCGACCUGAAGAACAAGGGCAAGAAGAACAAACAGCUGAUGAACAACUCGAACAAGGUGAUAGGCAAUUCUAUUAGUAAUCAUCAAGAUAAUAAAUUAGAGCACGAACUGAAUCAUAGAGGCAUGUCCUUGCAGGACGAUGAUACUGCCAGUAUAAAGUCCUAUGGCAGUCACAAGAAUCGCCCCUUCAAGGACGAAAGCCACAAAGGCAGCGCCGAAACGAUGGAAGGCGAAGAGAAGCGUGACGUCAGCAAGGAGGACCUAGGAAUUGAUGAAGAGUUGGAUGACGAGUGCGACGGCGAGGAAGGUCCACUGGACGGCGAACUGAUAAUCCACGCCGACGAGGACGAAGUGAUAGAGGAUUCACCGGCGGACUGCUGUCCGGACAAUUGCUACAAAAAGUUUCCGGUCCUGGCAGGGGACGACGAUGCGCCGUUCUGGCAGGGCUGGGCCAAUCUGCGACUGAAAACGUUUCAGCUCAUCGAGAACAAGUAUUUUGAGACGGCUGUUAUUACGAUGAUCUUGCUGAGUAGUUUGGCUCUGGCCCUCGAGGAUGUGCAUCUUCCCCAUCGACCAAUCCUGCAGGACGUCCUGUACUACAUGGACAGGAUAUUCACGGUGAUAUUUUUUCUAGAGAUGUUAAUCAAGUGGUUGGCGCUAGGUUUUCGAGUUUACUUUACGAACGCCUGGUGCUGGCUCGAUUUCAUAAUUGUCAUGGUGUCCUUAAUCAACUUCGUUGCUUCACUCUGUGGAGCUGGUGGUAUUCAAGCAUUCAAAACAAUGCGAACUCUUAGAGCACUGAGACCGCUACGUGCCAUGUCCCGUAUGCAGGGUAUGAGGGUUGUCGUCAAUGCAUUGGUACAGGCUAUACCGUCCAUCUUCAACGUGUUAUUAGUUUGUUUGAUCUUUUGGUUGAUUUUCGCUAUUAUGGGUGUGCAGCUGUUUGCUGGCAAGUAUUUUAAGUGCGUCGACAAGAACAAGACGACGCUGUCGCACGAGAUCAUUCCGGAUGUGAACGCGUGCGUGGCGGAGAACUACACGUGGGAGAACUCGCCGAUGAACUUCGACCACGUGGGGAAGGCGUACCUGUGUCUGUUCCAGGUGGCAACGUUCAAGGGCUGGAUCCAGAUCAUGAACGAUGCCAUCGACUCGCGGGAGGUGGGCAAGCAGCCAAUUCGCGAGACCAACAUCUACAUGUACCUCUACUUCGUGUUCUUCAUCAUCUUCGGGUCGUUCUUCACCCUUAAUCUGUUCAUCGGUGUCAUCAUCGACAACUUCAACGAGCAGAAGAAGAAAGCCGGUGGCUCGCUGGAAAUGUUCAUGACGGAGGAUCAGAAAAAGUACUACAACGCAAUGAAAAAGAUGGGCUCGAAGAAGCCGCUGAAAGCUAUCCCUCGGCCUAGGUGGCGACCACAAGCAAUAGUAUUCGAAAUAGUUACCAAUAAGAAGUUCGACAUGAUCAUCAUGUUGUUCAUCGGGUUCAACAUGUUGACGAUGACGCUCGAUCACUACAAGCAGACGGACACGUUCAGUGCGGUGCUAGACUACCUGAAUAUGAUCUUCAUCUGCAUCUUCAGCAGCGAGUGUCUGAUGAAGAUAUUCGCGCUGCGGUACCACUACUUCAUCGAACCGUGGAACCUGUUCGAUUUCGUCGUCGUCAUCCUGUCCAUUUUAGGUCUCGUGCUGAGCGAUCUGAUCGAGAAGUACUUCGUGUCGCCCACGUUGCUCCGAGUCGUGCGAGUGGCCAAGGUCGGUCGUGUGCUGCGUCUCGUCAAGGGCGCCAAAGGUAUCCGAACGUUGCUGUUUGCGUUGGCCAUGUCCCUGCCGGCCCUGUUCAACAUCUGUCUGCUGCUGUUCUUGGUGAUGUUCAUCUUCGCCAUCUUCGGGAUGUCGUUCUUCAUGCACGUGAAGGACAAGAGCGGGCUGGACGACGUGUACAAUUUUAAGACGUUCGGCCAGAGUAUGAUUCUGCUGUUUCAGAUGUCUACGUCGGCCGGAUGGGAUGGCGUGUUGGACGGUAUCAUCAACGAGGACGAAUGCCUGCCGCCGGAUAACGACAAGGGUUACCCUGGGAACUGCGGGUCGGCUACGAUCGGCAUCACGUACUUGCUAGCAUAUCUUGUUAUAAGCUUUUUGAUCGUUAUCAACAUGUACAUCGCUGUCAUUCUCGAGAAUUACUCGCAGGCUACGGAGGACGUGCAGGAGGGUCUGACGGACGACGACUACGACAUGUACUACGAGAUCUGGCAGCAGUUCGAUCCGGACGGAACGCAGUACAUCCGGUACGAUCAGUUGUCGGACUUUUUGGACGUGCUGGAACCACCGCUGCAGAUUCACAAGCCGAACAAGUACAAGAUCAUUUCGAUGGAUAUUCCGAUCUGUCGAGGGGACAUGAUGUUCUGCGUGGACAUUCUGGACGCGUUGACGAAGGACUUCUUCGCUCGGAAAGGUAAUCCGAUCGAGGAGACGGCCGAGUUGGGUGAAGUUCAGGCCCGGCCGGAUGAAGUGGGGUACGAACCGGUAUCUUCGACGCUGUGGCGCCAGCGGGAAGAGUACUGCGCCCGGGUGAUACAGCACGCGUGGCGGAAGCACAAAGAGCGCCAAGCAGGCGGAGGUGGCGGUGACGACACCGACGCUGAUGCCUGUGAUAACGACGAUGGUGACGGUGGUGGUGGUGGUGGUGGUAGUGCUGGUGACGGUGGUAGUGCCGGCGGUGGCGUGACUAGUCCAGGAGCAGGUAGUGGUAGUAUCGUCGGUGGAGGAACAACGCCGGGCUCUGGCGGCGGCGGUUCUCAGGCUAACUUAGGUAUAGUAGUGGAGCACAAUCUAUCACCAAAGGAAUCGCCCGAUGGCAAUAAUGAUCCUCAAGGCCGUCAAACGGCCGUCCUAGUAGAAAGUGAUGGAUUUGUAACUAAAAACGGUCACCGUGUCGUGAUACACUCACGAUCGCCGAGUAUAACUUCACGAUCGGCGGAUGUCUGAGCCAGGCCUCGCCCCCCUCUCUCUGAUUCAGAUUCAGAAGCACGACAGAAAUAAUAUUUAAGGGAAACAUAAGAGUACUCUAAACAAACAAAACCAACAAAAAGUUAAAAACAAAAAAAAAACUAUUCAAUAAUGAAAGGGAAAGCCGACUGCCAUAUAAUAAAUUUAAUUAUUUAAAAAAGAACAAAACUUUAAUCGCAUAGGAAAAAUCCAGUGAACAAAACAACACACAAACACUCUCAUGUGUAAAGAAGAAAAGCAAAAAGUGAACAACAGCAAUCUCAACGAAGAACAGAAAAGCGCGAAUGGAAUCGAACAACUACAAGCUCAACUGGAAGAAGAGAAAACGAGAAUCAGCCGGAAUCGAACUCCACCGAAAAGAUUCCGGAAACAAGAAGAAACGCGAUUCAACCUCCACUUCAGUUGCCAGGACCGUUAACCUUUCAGUUAUCCCCGUUGCGAGUCCCACUCUUCGAGCAGAAACCCACGUAACCAUACGCACGCGUACGCGCGAGUGGUCAUUUCAGUUCCAUACAACCUCUCACCAAUACUACUAAAAGUACCGAUCUGUUGACGGAGUGAUUUUUCAGUUACCCGAACUGACGACACGAACUGUAACCGAAACACAACCGAAAACAAAACACAUACAAACAAACAAAAAUGGUGCUGGGACCUUACCAACGGAGUAAAACAAAAGAACUUUCUCUUAAUUAAAACAAAAACCAGAAGUGAAACGGACAAUAUAUUUCAACACUAAUGCAAACGAAAACCAAUGGUAGUGAAAGUGAACGAACAAUAAACAAACUGUAUCAAACAAGAAGCAAGCAAACGAAACUAGUGAAAAGCAAACCAAUGUGACAAGUGAUGAACUGCGGAGUAGACAAACAAAUAUAAAUUAAAGAAAAAUAAAUCAUGUGUGAUAUGUCAAAUAGCGAAUAAAGAAGAAACAAAACCACAAAGCAAGCCCGGUAAAACCAAUAUCAAUAGACUUUCUCUUUUCUACGAGUGUGGACAAUGUGAGCGAAACACACACAAAAGUGACGCAAUCAGAAAUGAACAAAACAGUCACCUUGCAAAAAACGAAGAAGAAACAGAAGAGCAAAACAGAUUUCAACAUCCUGACGACGAGGAACAAAUACACACAAUAUUGUAACAGUACAUUUCAACGUUUCGGCCCCCAUUCAGGUAUUCCUUCGGUUCACAAGACACGUUAUCUUCCCAACGCUUUCUUGGUUUUGUAUGGUUUCCUGAACAAAACAACUAGUACUACUACUACUACUACUACCGAACAGCAAUCACCACCACCCAAUUUCAACAACUUCGACGAAGAAGUGACGAGAAAAGGAGGAAGUGGAGAAAAUACCAUUACAGGAGCAAAGAAACCAAAGAAAAUCAUCAAACUUCAUCUGUCCGUCGAACGUGGCGAAUGUUCGGGGAAGCAAAUUAUGGCAAAAAAUACAAGAAAAGUUGUAAAGCGGAGUAAGCAUGCGUUAAGAAUUCUCGAACAAAAAUGAAGAAAAUCAGAAACAAUCAAAGCGAAGCGGUUGAGUUGUAACAACAUCCAAGCCAAUGCAAAGAACAUGAAGAGGGAGCUGCUUUAAAACAAGAUCAGAAACAUUCAAUAACAAAGAUACACACAAACACACACGGAGACAUGUGAAUAAAGUGAGAUUACUAAAGAAGUAAAUAUAUUAUAUUGGCUAAAGCAAGAACAUACAGAAUCAUCAUGUGCAUUUUUAUUUUUUAUUUUUCUAUAAAGCAAACAAAAAUGUAAAAAACACAAAAAAAAACUUUCAAACAAACGGCAUUGCUGCGAUAAUGUUAAGGCUUUUUAUAUUACCGAAUAAGAGGAAAAAUAAAAAUCGCACAGGUUUUGUUCAACUGUUGUAGAGACAAAAAAAAACAAACAAACAACAGCAAAAGGAGGAUUUAUAAAGAUAAACAAGCGACAACAACACAAACGCUAAAAAGAACAAAAAAUCAUUAUUAAUAUGUUUCUGCGUGCAAUAAAAAGAGAAAGUACUGUAAUUAUUAUAUAAUACAUUACUAAUUUGUAAAUCAAACGCGAGGGGUUGGGGCGAGCCUUUACUUAAUAAUAAAAAAGAACACUAGUCAAGCUUUUCAAAUAUUAUCAUUAAAGAAUAACAUAACAAAUUAAAUAAAAAAAUAACAACUAAUUGUAAGUAAGUUAAGUAACAAAUUUUUUGAGCAUUAUCCCACGAAAUGAUGUUCGGUAAAUCAAAACAAAAAAAAGAAACAAAAAAGUAAGCAAAUAAAAACGCGAUCUAUUUUUUUAAAAGGAGGAAAACUACACGAACGCAAGCAGAAAACAUCACCGACACGAACACCUGCACACAAACACACACACACAUACACACACUAGAAGAGAUGAAACAUUUAUUUCUUUCCAAUGCAUUUUCCUCGAAUCUAACAGCGUGAAAGCAUCUCUUCCGUGCGCGUUUUAACCGACCGAGAGCCGAGAGUCGACCGAUCGCGCAUUUUCCCACACAAUCACAGCAAGUAGUGACGGCAGCUAUUCGUCGUUCGGCAGGUAUUCGGCGGCUAAGCUUCGCCGGCCGAACGCACGUCAUCGUCAUCGUUUUUUAUACCUCAGCGCUCAGAGCUUCGCUUCAAAUAUAUUUCUUCGCUUUCGCGUCGUCGCGUCGCUUAUCGUCAUCGCGAAUCGAUGUUGUUAUACACUCUCAUACAUUCAUAAUGUUCUUCGCGUCGUUGCCCGGACGACCAUGCUGCACGAUUUCUGCGGUUGCUGCGAUGCACGAAUGACGCUCUCGGGCGACUCUUGGCUGCUCCAAUGCUUCUGUUUGUAUGUUAGCAAUGUGGCAUAAUUCUAUGGAUGCUUCGCGAUUCAAAUAGCGAGACAGAAGAGAGGAAAAUGAAGAGGCAAAUGUAAGCGAAAUAUUUUUUGCAAAAAAAAUGUUAUCUCCAAUAUUCCGAUUGGAGGAAAAAGGCAGAAAAAAACUAUUUUCAAAUAAUAUAUUUUUAUCAAUUAUCGAAAAACACAGACCCACAUUCACACAUACAGACACACACACACAUAUUUAGUGAGAAACUGUCAGACAGCAGCUAGAAUUUCAAAAAAUUAUGAGAUAUAUAGGAAACAAAGAGCAGAGACGCUGUGUCAGAACACGCUGUGUCACAACUUAGUUCGAAGUGAGAGCAAGAAUGAGAGAGGGCCAUGAGCUAGAGAAAAGUAGCAAUUCAACUAGACGAAGAUAGACAUGCGAGAGAUUGCGAGUGAGAGCGAGAAUUGCAACAAACUGCAUCUUACAUAAGUUACAUUUUUGUCAUCCGAACGAAGAGAAGAAAAUAUUAGACGGCAAAUUUCCAUUCUUGUACAUUGUGCUUGAAUAGAUGAAGAAAAUAAAAACGACGACCGCGUGGAAUGGAACGAAUAAUAACAGACACAGAACCAUACCAAAGAUUUAACUAUAAAGAGCGACUAGUUAGACAUAACAAACAUAAAAAUACCAAACCAGAUAGAAAGAGAGAAAUCGAAUAAAAAAAGAGAAGUAGAACAGAGAUGAACGAUUAGAAGGAACACACGCAUACACAGACAUAUACAUAUGAACAUUUGAGUAUUUUUAUGCAUCGUGGAUACGAAUUGUUUCUUGCCACACACACUUUCUCUCUCGCCGAGAGAGACACAGAACGACAGUGACGCUAAAAAGGGAAAAGAGUUACGAAAUUGAUGAGAACCCGCAAAAUGAGAACCUCGCUUGAAACCGCUGAAGCAAUUCCCUGCCGCGUAACAAUCUUCUCGUCGUUUGUUGUUUCCGCGCCGUUCUUUCCACAAAUGAAAACAAAAACGACAAACAAAAGGCACAUAAAACAGAAAUAAAAAAAACUGAACCGCCGCGCCGCGCUACAAACGCCACUCAUUCGUCCGACUAUUUUGCACUGAACUUACACAUACAUAAGACAUACACGAACGCCAUGAUAGCACUCACACACACGCACGCAAACGCAUGCUUAAACGCUCGAUUGCGAACAAUACGAGUGUUAUGAAACCCACGCGCGGGCACUCAUGCUCCCAUGACGAAAAAAUGAAGCAACACAAGUAAAUAAACUUAUACAUUUAUACCUAAAUAACACAACCAAGUGUAAAAAGAAUUAAACUGAAACACACAAAUGCUUAUAAAGUAAAUAAAAAAAAAACUAAAUUAUUAAAGGAAAAUUAAAUAACAAAAAAAUGACGGGAGCGCCGAUCCCCUUUGUCCACAAAGAAACAACAAUUUCAGUGCCUUUUUUCACGAGUGUAUGAAGGAAAACAAAAAAAAAACAGUUUAAGAUGAACAAACAAAUAAGCAAACAAGAAAAAAAAUACACAAGAUUACUUAUUAGCACGAGAGCAGAGCAGAGUAAAUUUGAUUUGCGAGUGUGUAACUUAACCCGAAGCGUUUGGGCCGAGCACCCAUCAGAGCAGUAGGCGUUGCCCAUUGAGUUCCUCCAUCCGCGAAGCCGCGCAGCCUCCACACCACCGCCUACUGAUCACACCUAGUUUCGCGCGCUUAGUUCUAGCUUUUAGCUUGUAGUGAUAGUAGAGAUAUGUAGGAGGUAGUAGCAGCAGUAGUGCGAGCCAAAAUCCAAAAAUCUACGAUCUUGAUGUUUUUCUCUCUCACACGCCACACGGAAAAACAAACGCUUUCGGUUUUUGCUUCGCCCACAAGAUACAAAAUGGCAACCUGCGCUUCGUGCAUUGCUUAUAUUGAUUAGAAGAAAAAAAACACAGAACCAUUAGAAAAAGUUCGCUAGGACGCGCUGCCUAACAAUCGCAAUCAAGAAGAAGAAGAAUAGGUAGAGAAGGAGAGAGGAAAUAUUUAAUCAUACAUGAUGCUUUAUAACCGAAAAAAAACACGGGAAAAUCCGCCGCGUGGAAGUUUACCUAAGAUUAAGCGUUAAUGUUAAAAUCGAAACUCAAAUCGGAAAAUCAGCCGCGCCACAAAGGGGCUUCAAGCGAGGUUCCAAUUUUGAAAAUGCGAGGUUAUGGUAUGCGAGGAAAAAGGCAGUUUCAUGAAACCAUGCAGAGAUCGCGAGAUAUUUUUCUAUUGACUUUUCGAGAGGUUUGUUGCUCUCAGGUGAGUGUCACGACUUGGGGUUUUCAAAAAUAACUCAAAAGGACGCAUUGAAACGAACACUUUGUCGUGAUGAGUGCCAAAUGAGUUCCCUUCAUUCAAGCAUUCCUUCUUCUAGAAAGAAUUUUAACGGACAUCCAAAAAGACCUCCCUCCCUACUGAUCAAAGAGCGCCAUGGUGUUGAGUGCCUCAGAAUACAGCUGCGCAACUGGGUGACAGUGAUGAGUGCUCAAUUCCCUCUGUUUCUGAAUGAAAACUCGGAUACAACUUUGAAACAUCCCGCUACAAAGUCAUGAACCUGAACGCCGUUGUUUUGAUGCGGCGAAACCCAAAAGCUACCCUUGAUUAUUGGUACUCAUUAGACGAGGGGCCACUUGCGUGUGCAGCUUUUUCUUUUUUCUCGCUCGUUCUUUUUGAUAAACACAAGAAAGAGCGAGAUAAAAAAGGGUGCAAAAUGCCCCCUCUUUCAUCUGUUUCUUUCUCGUGUUUGUUUACGAGAGUGAGUGAAAAAAAAAGAAAAAGCAGCGCACGCUAGAGCGAGGGACUCAUAAUUCUUUCGGUUGAAUUUAUCAAGGGUGCAAGGACAAUUCGAUGAUCGACUGAUUCAUGCUGAAUUUAUUUUCCAGUCGGCGCUAGAGUGUCUCAGAGCUUCGAACAUCUGUGUUCGGUGACUCAGACUCAGGAAGAAGAAUUAAAUCUACGGCAACUCGGCGAUUCUGAAUUCACCCUGUAGGUGGCCUUCCUUCAAGUUUUGAUCAACUGUAUCUGAAGAAAUUGACUAAAGCUAGCGAUGGUUCGAUAGUUAGGUACUCAUCACAAGUUCACUGUUGAUAGCUCGUCGCUACGAUAUGUAACUCCACAGACUCCGGAUUGUAGAAUAGCACCCCGAAGGCUUCCACCAUAGCAGAUACAUCUCGACUCGAGAGAUCACUACUCGGCAUCAGUGUUAGUGAGACAUCAAGUCCGUCCAGAUUAACUUUAUUAUCUAUGACUCCAUGUCAGCCCUGUUUGGCAUUUUGUGGAGAAUCCAGCCUAUUCAGACUAACUUCGACUACAACUGCAACAUGGCAUGGCAUCCAGGUCAAACAUCCGUUUUCGAGUGACGAACUUGGGAUUGGUAACUCCCAGCAAUAAAUGCAUUCGAUCCUACGAUUUCGAGUAGGGGAUUACUCCUGAGCCGACGAUCGUACAAUUCAAGAGGAGGACGAAUUCUGCCUCGACUCACAGACGUUUCGAUGACCUAUAGCUGGAGGCUGGUAGAUCUUUCUCGCAAUCUACGAAAAUCUACGGGAUCUAGACCCAGGCGAAGAUUUUGACCCUAUCCGCACCUUGAGAAAAAUCCAGCCUAUUCAGACUAACUUCGACUCUGACUACAAUGCAAACUAGCCUGGAAACAAGAUCGAUCAUACGAUGUUGAGCGACAGACCCAGGGGGACCUUCAAGCAGUACUGCAUCAUCAUUAAACCUCUGAGCCUAGUGCGGGGCAGAAGAAUUCCUUAUUCCGGGGUCGAUCCUUCAAUCGACCAGAGGAAAGCUUCUGUCCUGGCGAUCCUGCGAUUUCGGGUAGAGGAAGACUUCUGUAGCACGUUCCGAAGACCUAUCGCCGGAUCUUCAAGGUCAAGUUCAAGCGAUCAAUCAAGGCUGUUCGAACAGACGGGAAGUCCGAAACCGGUGUUUUGAUGAGAUGAGAUGAGAUCUUUCUUGCAAUAUCCAGGUACUUUGUCUCGUUCAACUCCGGAGUCUAGUCCAAGGCGAAGAUGUUGUUCUCUUUGCAUCUUUUGGAUUGAAAAUGGUCUUGGUACCGAGAUCUAUCAUACGACUUCGAGUCAUAGACUCGAGAUUGGUUCGGCAACUGCCAGCAAAGCACGUGCCCAGAAGACCUUCAUCCAGUACUCUAUCAUCGUUCAAUCUCAGAAUCUACUACAGGACGGAAAAAUUCCUUACUACAGGAUUGAUCUAACAUUUUGAGUACCGGAAAGUUUCUUGUUCAGCUCCCAGACGUUUCGAUGACCUAUCGGCGAGGCUUUAUUGAUCGCGGUCUACACGGCCUACAUGAUUCAACCGAAUUCCACCCAAAUAAGCUUCGGUUCCAAUACUCAACUGACCCGAUGAUGAUGGUCUAUCUGACGAUCUCAAGGAUGCAGAUAUCCAGGUGAUCAUCGCCGGUGCUAUGUAGCUGUCUGCUAAGUCUCCAAAGGCCUUCGGUUCGCUGCUGCCUCUACGACCUCAUUCGGUAAUACGUCAAAAGUAAUUACUGCGAUCCUGCGAUUUGAACAGCAGGAUAACUUCCAGCUCACGAUCAUCAUCGAAACAGGAGCUGAGAUCUUUGUCGUCAUCUUUAAAGGGGUUCAUGAGAGUGUACAGAUGACCUCAAACCGGUGCUUCGUCUCGUUCAACUCCGGGGUCUAGUCCCAGGUGAAGGUUCUACCGUAUUCUGAAUUGUGUGGAAGAAACAGCCUAUUCAGACAAAUUCCAUUUGCAAUUCGAUCUUGGUACCAUGGUCAAUCAUACGAUUUAGAAUGACAGACUUCAGAUUGGUUCGGUGAUUUUCAGCAAUAAACGGGUCCAGAUCCAGAAGACCUUCAACCGGCAUUCUCAUCGUCGUUCAACCACAGAGUCUAGAGCCAGGCUGAAGAAUUCCUUACUCCGUCGUCGAUCCUACGAUUUCAGGCUGAGGAAAGCUUCCGGUGAUCCUAGCAUUUAGAGUAGAGGACGACUUCAGUACCGAUUCACAGACGUUCCGACGACCUAUAUCAUAUAAUAAUCUAUAGGGUCAGUCGAGUUGCUUCAACAGAAAUAAGCCAUUCAGAAGGUAGUCCAAAGCCAGUAUUCUGAUGGCAACCAAUCAGGCGCUAAAAUCUUUGUCGCAAUUUCUGGGUUUCUGCAAGUGUACCAACGACCUAGAACCGGAACAUCGUCUUUUUCUUCUUCAGGGUAUAGCCUCAUGUGAUAAAAUUGCCCUAUUCUGUACCUUCAGGCUUCAAGUAUCAGUAGGUCGACACGUUCUUCACCCUCAGGCUUACUUCAACACCUCAACUGCAAUGUAAACUGGCCUGGUACCAAGGUCAACCAUACGAAUUCAAGUCACAGGCUCGGUAUUGGUAAUUUACAAUCAGUAGAUCUUCAAAAAGCACUCCAUCGUCGUUGAACCUCGGAGACUAGUGCCAGACGAGGAAAUUCCAUACUCCGGAAUCGGUUCUACCCUGACAAUUUAUAGUAGAGAAAGACUUCUGUUCAGAUUUCUGUAGUCUACAAACGUUUCGACGACAUUGGGACGACGCGAUCUACACGGUCUACCUGUUUCAACAGAAAUAAUUCAUCCUGAAAUUGAACCAAUGACUCCAACCAGUCAGGUGCCUAGACUAGACGAUUGCAAUCUCUAGGAAAAUAUAGCACACAAAUUACCAAGAUCCACUUUUUUGUCUUAUUCUACGCCGCAUUUCCUGCACAGGGUCCGGCCUAGGGUCUUUGCAAUUCUCAUUUCAUGCGCCUGAAAAGUCUAUCCUUGGACUUGGAAGUUCGUGAAGUGGCCAACCAACCUUUGUUUUGCUGCAGUCUAUAACAUCUUGCUAUCAACGUCUACCAGAAGCUGUCUUUACUGGAUUGGGCAUGGUAUUUCUCUCAUGAUUAUACUGCACUUCUUAAGUUCUCUUCAGUGGACUUUUCACCUAGCUACAUUCGUAUACCUUACUAACGCUUCCUGAGGAAAAGCUACCACGUACACGUUUGAACGAAUGCUCAAAGGUAUUUCAACGAGCUUUCGGUAAGUCGACCUCAUAAUAGGUCCUUCACAUUCGACGCUUUUCUCAUUUGGCCGUAGAAAAUAACCUUUGUCAUCCACUUUGACGAUAAAAGCAACUUCCUUGAAGCUUCUUGCCGAAGUCCGUCGUCUUUUGCUUUCUCCCUGUAACGCUUUAUUUGACGGCCAAUACGGAAGUUUCAUUGUCCAACCUUUGCUAAAGCAUCCACUAGACUGCAUUGACUUCACCAUACGACUCUAGAGUUGAAGUCUCCUCCGAAUGUCCGUUGAAGAUGCUUGUCGAAGUUCUUCAUCUUUCUCAUUUUUUUCUCUUACGCAUUGUUGAAGGCGUCUGACUGCCAAAUCGGUAGUACAUCAACUGAUAGCUAGACAUGCUCUUCUUGACCGUCAUUAGUAAACUAAAUUGCAUAACCUUCGUCAAAACUUCCAGUAGACAGUGUCAGUCAGUUUCCCUCUCCAUUCCUCACGAGUCUGGAGUUGAAGUUUCCUCCGUAGGUCUCCUUCGAUUACAACAAUCAGCUGAACAUUCGAUUGUCCUUCUCCUGAGUCUUCUUAGACGAAGAUACCGUUGACUUCCACCACCGUUAAUGAUUUGGAUUAAACUCGCCAGCUAAUCAUACAACGUUUCCAUUGUCAACUACCUUGACUGUUUUCUUCGCAGUAUCACAAUGGUUGAGAUAAGCUUGAACUAUCUCCAUAACCGCUGGCCUCCCAUUUUGUGUGAACCUCUGUUACUUCCUACAGCCCCUUAGCAUCGAAGCCAUCUGUGCUGCACUACCUGUACAGAUUGGCCUACAUUUUUGUAUUUGAAGUUCUAACACAUGAAGUAUACCUUCAUCUACUAGGUUAUUCUUGGAGUGACUUCCAAUGAGUAUAUACCGGCUUCUGUCUAGCUGGUUUUCAUCAGCUUGUUGACUCUGUUCUAGUCUAUCAGUACUCACCCUCUUCCAUUUGUCGACGGUACCUUAACAGCCUAGUCAGUGCGCAGCUGGAGACGUCUUAGGUCAAGAUCACAAUCACAACUUCAUGUAACAGAGAUCUCAAAUGAAAGUUCACCUCAUUGUUCGAGGAUUUCUCAACGAGCUGUUUAUCGAUGGAUCCUUUAAACUAAAGGUCAUCAUUAUUACACGUCUUGUUUUCAACAAGUACUGUUGUAAGCCUUCACUCCUUGAUCUCCUCCUUCUGCUAAUGAGCUUCCAAUCUGUCCAGCUCUUGAUAGACGAAUGCUUGUUCCACUCGAACAACAUCCGUCUUCACUAGGUAGGCCUUAUUUGCUCCACGUGUUCUUUCUCUUUCUUUAUCCUCUGCUCUUCUGUCAAUUGUUUAGGGAACAAUCAUUUAAAUUUCACCUUGGCGGAUUAGGUAUCUCCGUUGAACCGCUAUCGGUACGGCCGAUGAUUUUCUUCAUCUGUUUUAUCCUAUCUUCCUUCACUUCUCCUUCUACUCUCCUACUGCCCUGCGACGUUACACAGCUCAUGGUUCUCUUCCUCCUCCAUUUCUCUGUUUUUUUACGCCCUCCUGCUAGUUUCUCUAUUUCGUUUCUGAUGUGUCCCUCACCCUCUCUAUGACUCCUUUAAUCUUUAAUCGAAGGUCUAUCUUUUCACACGUUGUUUUCUACACAUUCUGUACUAGUCCUUCAUGACUUGAUUUUCUCCUUCCUCUUGAUAGAUGAGUACUUCAUUCUCUUCAACAUCAUCUAUCUUCCCUAUGUAUGCCUCGUUUUCUCCAUCUUCUCUUCUCCAAAUUCGGACUUUCUUUCAUUUGGUUGAGGAACAACUGUUUGUCUGUUCAGCAUCUUCAACCACCAUUGAUGAUAUUUACCGACGAUUUUCUUCUUCAGUAAUAUCCUAUUUUCCUCCACUUUUCCUUCUACACCCACUGCUGAAUAUCCACAGCUCACCAUCCUUUGCUCUCUUUCCCGUUCGUUUCACUUAUUUUUGCCUCCUCCUGCCAGUUUCUCUGUUUCAUUUCCGGGUCUUCCUCGUGCUGUCUUAUGUCCUUCUCUGCGAGCGUUCGCUUUCGACGACUGCGGAGUUUCGAAUCAUUGCUUUUUCCGCACAUUCAUUCUCAAGUUUUCAUAAAGCGGCUGUAUGAUUCUCUGGCUUGUUUUUCACCGGCAGAAUCUCAACCUUCUUCGUGACUUAGUUGGUUCCAGCGUCGGUUCUGAUCAUAUGAAGUCGUAUUUUCUAAUCCCACCAAUUUAUCUUUCAAUUUGUCGAAAAAGUGACACAACUGUGCCUGCUAGUAUUUCAUCGGAACUACUGACGGGAAUCCUUGGAGAAAUCAGCUGGGGAAAUGCUCGGAGUUUCACUGGAGAAAUUUUCGCUAGCUAUGCUGUCACGGUCGCCAUGUCGUAGUUCAGAUUUUCGCAGAGUUGAUAAUUACAGUCCUUUUAAAACUAGGAUUCGAUGAUUGAAUUGUAACAGUUCUAUUCUACUGGGUACGGUACGGUUUUUAUGCCGUCCAACCCUACAAUACGUGUUGCAUACUUUCUACAAGCACAUAGGGCCUAAUGAAAGACCCUUGAAACGAUUUGGAACGACUUCUAGAAGUAAAUGCGAGACAAAGUUACUCAAUUCGAACUUUGCUCGUCACGAACCAUCGUACUGCAAAUUGAGCUGGCCUCAGGGCGAUAAAUAGCUUGCAUAACACUCGCAACUUGUAACGAUUUGUGAACAAUUAGCUCUAAACUCUACAGAAACUAAAAAAACCUGUGACGGUCGCCAUGUAAGGCCAUGUCAUUCAGGCAAAAGUUAGUAAAUGUGCAGACUUGCACAGAUUCUCCAAGACGGUAUAAGACGAACGGAAUUUGAAAUGGUCGUCAUGAUCUGUCACAUCAGCAAGUCACAAGAUUCAUUUUGUCUUAUUAUGGUCGCCAUGUAAUUUCGUAGUAAUUAUUUUUAUUUUGAAGGCAAAUUAGUCGCAAAUGAGUAACACACGCAACUUGCAACAGUCGCCAUGUAGUCGCCAUAUUACAUGACAAGCAUCGUGUCUUGUUACGGUCGCCAUGUCACGACAUUAAUAAUGUCAAUAUUUUGAACCGAUGAGUAAACCUACGUCAUUUUAGAGAACCUGAAUAACACUAACAAAAAUUACUAAAUUUCAUUGUCAUAAUAGAAACACCUUCUUCUUUUUUAUGGCUCAACGACCCCACCGGGACUUGGCCUGCCUCGUUUCAACUUAGUGCUCUUUGAGCACUUCCACAGUUAUUAAUUGAAGGGCUUUCUUUGACUGCCAUUGCAUGAAUUUGUAUAUUGUGAGGCAAGCACAAUGAUACACUAUGCCCAGCAAGUUGAGAAAAUUUUCCGUACCGGAAAGAGAACCGAACCCGCCGUCUCCGGAUUGGCGAUCCAAAAGCCUUAAGCACUAGGCUAACUGGAUACCCCAUAAUAGAAACAUCCUGAUACGCAAUUAGCACUGAAAAGCUUAUUGUUCCUUUUCUAUAGGAGUAAGUUUUCACAGACAAGGAAUGCCCUAUAAUUCUCUGGGAUGCUUCGAUCACACGGCAGAGCGACACAUAUUCGAAUUGUUAGAAUCAUGUUGAUUCGUAGACGAAUUUGUGCAAAUACUUCAAAACGAUACAAAAAAACGAACGCAAUUUGUGGUGGUCGCCAUGAUAUGUCACAAGAUACACUCAGUCUUGUUACGGUCGCCAUGUAAUGACGAAGCAAUUGUUUUUAUUUCGAUGACAAAUGAGUUCUACAUGAAUUACCAUCAGUAAAACUGUUGCGUGUACACACGUAAAUUGUCACGGUCGCCAUGUAAUUCCAAGUUGCAAGAUAAACAUCGUGUUUUGUUAGGUCGCCAUGUCGUGGCUUUGGUAAUGUCAGUAUAAGGAUGCUAUGAGCUCCAAAUGAGUUUUACAUCGACAGUCAGUAGAAAUCCUAAACGAAGACACUCAUCUGUGCUACGACAAACCUCCCAACACGCUCUACGUCCAUUUGUACAAACAGUGCAAGCAAACGUGCGAUUCCAACCAUGAAGCACCAAAGAACCGAUAGUACCAAUACCAAUAACUGUAGAUUUCAUACACAGACACACACAUAUACUUUCUCAGAAACACAUUCGAAGGACAACAAAAAACACUGAACCAAAACAACCAUCUGUAUCAGAGUGUGUGUGAAGUGAAGCGCAAUUUCGUAGUUUAGGUGCCGUUUAGCGGCACUACCAAUACUAGUCAAUAGUAUAGAGCGUGUUUAACAACUGAACAAAGAACAAACGAAGAAACGUGGAAGAAUAGAUAAACCGGUAGCUUUGGAACAGUGCGAGAGAUAGAAUUCGCGAUUCGUAUUUAGACAUUUGUCAAAACUCAUAUACACGCACGCACACACACAUACACAAACACACCUCUCACACUGGAACACACGAACACUAACCAAAACGAAUAGAGAAGAAAACAAGAAACAUUGAUAUUGAGCUAUUGCGCGCAGCAGUCCAUAUCUUCAUAGGUAAAUGUAAUGAUUUAUUUUCGGAUGAUGAUUAGUUCGAUGGAAAUAGAACCAACUAGAAACGGAAACGCAAACGGAACGUUAGAAUGGUAUAGAAAGUUCAUGUAUAUAGCGACUUCCCCAGCUAUAUGAUGAAACCAGUUAGACAAAAUGAAGAAAACGAGAUUUAGAGCUAUUUAUAGAUUUAUUUAAUCCUCAUUGAGAGACGACAAAGUAAGAUUAUUCAUAUACUUGAGUAUUAGCAUCAUCAGUUUUCCUAGUAUUAUCUAGUUUCAGGUGUCUCAAUUGCUAAAAAAGAACACAUUUACACAAAUCAAACACACGCAAACACACGAUGACAUCUCUAUCAAUCACCAAGCCGAAUUGUAUUAAAGCGAGAUAGGAAAACAGAGCUGGAAAAGAUCGACAAAAAAACGGAAAAGCAAGAUCCAGACAAUGAAACAAUUUGCCUAUCAAACGUUGCAUAAAUAUCAAACUUGUUGUAAUGACCCACAACACACACCCACAUUUUUCUUAUAAUUGUUCGAACGAAACUCAAACAAACAAGGAAAAACAAUUAUGUUAGCAUAAUUCUCAUUUGUUAAGUUUUUCUCUUUGUCAUCAUUAAGCUAGUAUUUCAAAAUGAAAAAAAAAUGAAUAGCACAAGGUUCAAUAAAACAAAUCUUUGAAACAAAACCAAGAGGUAAUCUUAAGAUGUUUUCAUUUCCUUUGUCCACUUUCUUUCGCUUUAGUGCCUGAAAAUAAAAACAUAAUCGUUAAAAGAAAACUCCGAACAAAUUUUUUGGGCUAGCAUGUGUGUAGUAGCAAUUUCGCCAUGGCCGCCAUAUGUGUGUUUUCGACAUUCGACCGCAAACGAAACCGAAAGAAGGUAUUGACCACCACCGCUGCGACCAAUUUUCUCCCUCCCUUUUAGCGAAGAAAAGAAAAUCAAUGAUAACUACUUUACACGAACGCGAGCCAACAGUGCGCGCGAUCGUGAAAACGACACUCACACCUGCAGAUAGACACACGCGACGCGCUCUCUCACGAAGAAGAGCGUGCAACGCAACACAAAAGUCGGCGUCGUUUGGAAUUCUCUCUCACACGGUUUGUUGACACGGUGCGGAUUGUCUCUCGUUCUCUUUCGUUCGCCGCUCGCUUUCGAUGAUCGAUCAAAGUGGGCGAGCGUGAGGUUCGUAAAGAGAGAACGCUACUCGCCUUUCUCUUCCCAAGCAGACAAGUGGCACCUACAUCAUUCUCUCUUUCUGCGUUGCACAUUUGCUCUCUUUUGUCAUCGAUCAUGGCGGGCAUGAGAGGCAGCAAUUUCCGAUAGUUGAGGUUUAAGAAAAUGAUUCCAAGCAUUUUCGAAACAUAUCACGAUGGUUCGCUAAUUUCAACAAACUCAGACUCACUAAUUCACUUACUUUUAUACCGAACGCUUCACACAAGAAAGCUUGCUCACAUGGCUUGAGAGAGCUGAAUAUUUCCAUCCCUGUAAGAUAGAAACCUUCAUCUUUUCCGAAAAACCGUCGCUACUCAGGAAGCGAUCAUGUGUAUUUGUAAAUGUGUAGCUAACGAGUCUUAAUAAAAACAAAGUACAUACUGUAAAAAGGUAGUUAUUGAACUAAAUAAAUACAAAUAAAUGCGCAAACCACAGCUAAUCAAAAAAGAUUCAUAUUUCGCUUUCGAUUGCAAUGUGAUUUUAUAGAAGGUAAUAUGAGAGAGUAACAACAAGCAUAUAAUAACGCAUCGCAUCCAAUUGUACAAUUUCCUUAACAUUUACAACUUAUUUUUUUCCAAGAAAGUAAUCGUAUUAACACGAGUGCGAAUCGUGCAAAGAUUUUUAGUAAGCUUUACGAGGAGGAAGCUAAUCGAAUCGAUUAUAGGCAAAAUCCAAAACAAUUCAAGCCAUUUUAAGAUACAAAAAAAAACGCAGGAAGCAGGAGCUAGAUUUUGAGCUGUUUUUUACAAUUUAUGAAACGAAUCUUAUUCAACGACAUUGUUCACCGCGAAACAAUCGAGAACAAAACGAGAAACGCGAACAACUAAGACCAAUUCGCGAGUUAGACCACUUAUUUCACUCUAUUUUAAAAACAAACACUAGAACACUGAAGCACGAGCUCACUAACUUUCUUGUGUGAAGUUUCUUCGGUUUUCACAACAAAUCUAAACCUAGUCGACGCAACCCGAGAGUUCGAAACGCCAGCCGACUUCCAAUCACACAAACACACAUUGCUAAAAUUCAUUUUGAGACAUUAAAUUCGCCUGAGAACCAAUACCAAAAAGCGAGCAAAUCGUGGCAAAAUCCAAGAAUUACCCCAAAAGUUCGCGCAAUUUUCGCUAAGAAAGCCACAAAAAAAACGAAACAACUGUAUCAAUAUUUGUAAAAACCCCAGAUGAGAUGAAACAUGUUUAGGAAUCUUAUAUAGUUCGAUUAUUAAAACCUUUUCCAGCGGAAGGAAACAAAAGCCGAAAUUUGUUUGGUGUUUUGCUUCAUUCCGGUAUCACACACAUACACACAAAGACUCAUACACUGGAAACACUCACACACAGCCACACGCAGGCACCCUUUUUUGUAACGAAGAGGAAGAAACCCACUCUGCAUCGGAGACGAUCGGAGGAAAACACCUACAUUGACACGGACAAACGUCGUCACUCACAAUCCAACACAAACUCAGACUCACAUAAACACACACACAUGACUAAGUAUUAAUUUGGAUAUUUACUAUUACUUUACUACAAGAACAAAACAACAACCAGAAAAAAAAACAAGAAAAAAAUACGCGAAGAAGAAAAUAAAAUACGGAAGGAAAAGAAGAAAAUGAUUAUAGAUUUAUUAUUAAUUAUGAUUAUUAUGAGAAAAAAAAUUGUUGAAGUUUGUACAAAUAAAAAAUAAAUGACAAAAAUAUAGAACUUGACUGCUUUACAAAAAUA